UUGUUUUAGUAGGAAAAUGUCGUCUGCUGACAACAUGGAAAGAUUUGCUGCGAAAGCUGCACUACGUACACGAAUAAAAAUCACCUUGAAACAACUGCAAUGUAGUGAAAGGACCAGACAAUCGAUAGAAGUUACGAAACAGGUGUUGGCACAUCCAAAAUAUGCAUCAAGUCGUGGGAUUGCUGUCUUUUUGAGCAUGAAUGACGAGAUCGAUACAAGUAACAUUGUACGAGACAUAUUCGACAGUGGGAAACACUGCUUCAUUCCAAGAUAUCAGGAAUCAGACGGACACAUGACAAUGAUAAGAAUGCACACAUAUGAAGAAUUGGAAAGUUUACCGAGAACUAAAUGGAAUAUUCCACAGCCUUCAGAAAUAGACCAGAGAGAAGACUGUUUACAGACUGGAGGUUUGGACUUAAUACUUACUCCUGGUUUGGCUUUCACAAAAGCAGGGCACAGGCUUGGACGUGGUAAAGGUUUUUAUGAUAAAUUCCUUAUUACAUACAGUUCUGUGUACAAACCUCCAUACUUAAUUGGUUUGGCUCUGACUCCUUCAAUUGUGGAUUCUAUUCCUUGUACAUUGAAUGAUUUUAAGAUGGAUGAAAUAUUGUAUGAUAAUUUGGUAAAUCAUUGAACUAUAAGUUACAUCUAAAAAAACUUGCAGCACUUAAUCGAGUUUCUAAUUAUGCCUUCUUGUUCUAAGUUGAUUUUCAAUAUGAUUCAUGUACCAAACUGAAAUUGUAGUUACUGUUGGGACAACAUUUUAUUUGAAAUACCCCAGGAAGUCUACAAGGUUUUUCUAUCAACAGGUAUCUUUUUUAACUUCUCUGAGAAAAUUUGAAUUAAUCAGAAAACCUAAAACCACCUCCUCAAAAAAAGGUGGGAUUUGUAAGUCAUUUCUGUAGGACCAUAUAGGACCAUAUUGCGCUUUAAAAGCAAAGUUUGAUGCAAAGAUUUAUUCAGAGUAGAAUUUAUUUUUAAGAUAUACCUAAUCACGUUAAAUUUUUUUUUUUGGAAAACAGCACCAGUGACAGUGAGUCAGUGACCCGUCUAUCUCCUUCCUACAUAAAAAUAAAAGAUUGUCCGUUAUCCAAUCUUUUUAUAGUCUUGUGAGUUCAAGUAGACAUCUUGUGCUGUCUCGUGUACCUUUAAUCUAAAUUUGCUAAAUUUGUAUAAUCGUACGAGGUACAACCUGUUCUACAUCGAUUUUUAGGGACGUCUUUCUAAUCUCAUUUGUCGGUUUAAGGUUCUAAUCUUAUUUAUUGAUGGUUUAUUGGGAAAUAUAAUUCUUUAGUUUGGAUUUAGCAAUUAAAUACAUUAAAUAGCAAUUAAAUACAUCCGAGUGUAUGAUUCAAGUGGUUUUUUUAUCAAGUGCUUAUUUGAUUUCUUUUGCUCGGAGUUAUUUGAGAAGAUAUUUAAAUUCAAAGGCUAGCGAAAUAAAUAAAAAUAUCUGCGUGCAGGUACACGACUACAGGAUAGCUGUCGCUGAAAAAGAUAAUAAUACAAAUUGUAAUCUACAUGUCACUUUCCUGUUUUGUGUACGCUAAAGAACGCUAAGCACUCUCGAUUACGAAGAAGAACCAUGUUCUAUACGGCAGUUGCAGUCCCAUAGAUUCAAAGAGCAAUUGGCAUUUACAAGGACCCGGUAAAUUGUUAUUUCUUGUCAUUCUAAGAUUUUUACUAGCCAUUUGUUUUGACAGGCGGUAAAAAACAAGUCCACACAAUUUGCCGAAUAUGGGUAUUUAACAAACAUAUUUCUGGCUUAAAGGGACAGCGCGCACCUAUCAUAUCUACAUAUCUACCUACCCACCUAGCCUCUGGCUUAAAAAUCCCCCUCCCUCCCCCCCACCCCACAAACGUUCCGCCAUUUGUGUCUCGGAAGACAAUAUCCGCAAGGGGUUUUACUCGUAAUCAAAGAAACCUAAGCAAUAUAGCCUUUUCGUCGUAUUACAACUACAACACAAGUAAACUAAGCACAUGUUCAUAAAACGAAAAAAUGAACUUUAGGUAAGAAAAAAUUGCGCUUUAUAAACUAUUUCUUAAUAUUUAAAAAAUGAAGGGGUUUUGCUGUAAAUCGCAUUUUAGUGACGCUUCAGCUGUUAGCUAAAUUUAUAAAGAAAUCCGUACUUAAAGAGGGUUUCUGUUACAAUUAAUUUAGACAUAUCCGAUCAUGUAUCUUUAAAGACAAUGUCGAGCGACUUGGGGGUUAUUAACUAAUUGAAAUUACAAUGUAAUGUAAUUUCAAUUACGAAUUACAAUAACUUUGGUUGCAAGGAGGUCGUCCUCCAAAUGUCGGAUAGUCAAACGUCUUAAAGGAUACUUGAUAUAAUUUUUGGACGAGUGUUUUCAAUGAAAACACUUCCUGAAAAAAUAAUGUAAAACACUAUCACAACAUAAAAAAGAAUUCAAUUCUAUCAUAACUUAUAAAUACUUCUGAAAUCUUUCAAUCUGUCCUAAGUGAGCAGCAUUAAUUACUCCACUGUAAUUAGAUUGUGUUUAUAGCCGCAUCGCAUUGGUUUUUGGUUCCUGGCACAAUGUAAGUUCUGGAUGUUUUCUUCCAUGUUUCUUCGUCAUUUUAUUUGUGUUUAUGGAAUUAAUUCAACGCCAUUUUAAGUGUAAGUUACUUUACUGAUUUUAGUGCUUGCACAGUUUAUUUUUGUACUCAUAUUUCGUUUCUACUCGAAAUUCUAGAUUUUGGGUAUCUUACUGCUUAACAAGUUCGAUAAUCAUCAUUUUCAUUCAUGUGUGAAAACUUCCUUCCAUAUACCAUCACUGACCCCUUUUUUUCAAGUGGCUUUAUUAUAGUCUUUAAUCAUUUUCAAUUGUCAAAUUAGUCAGUUUCAGUUACUUUGCACAUCCCUUUUAAAAUGUACUGGUAGUUAUUGUGUGGUAACCUUUUGGUGAUGACUGACGAUAACUAUUCCACCAACAGAGCUCAGUUGUUAAUUUUUCGAUAAUUGCUUUUUUUUUUUUUAAAUCUACUAAAUGUAUUUCACGGAGAUGACGAAUAUUUGUUUAUUUUUCGUCCGUGGAUGCCAAGUGCUGUCACUAGGUGGCUAAAUAUUUCAGUGUGUUUAGGGAUUGAACUAUUCAGCUCUAGUGUGUUGGUAUUAGGGGAGGGGAGGGGGCAUCAAACCAAAGUUUUGAGACGACUGAUUCCCCUCUAUUUCUUUUCUAUCGAGACGCUGUCGAGGAUGGUUACGUUGAUCAUUGCGGUACUUUCUUUCCUGAUAUGUUCUUCGUAAAAAAGGUUGGUGAAAAUUGUUCUGAACGUGCAGUGCCAAGUCAACAACAUGCCUCUGUGAUCAUGCCUUUAGACGAGUUCUCUAUCAUGUUGCGAGAUGAAAAUGGAGGGAAAUCUGAAAUGGAAUUCUUGGUGAGUCUGUCUGGUGUUGGAGCUGUCAAUGGUGGUGUCUGUUGUGCAUUGGUGUGGCAGAUUUUUUGAUUAAGAAAUGUGCUGAAAUGGUUCUUCUGCAGACUUGGAAGUUCAACAUCAGACUUCAUUUUACCAUGCUCUUGUCCAUGCAGUGUUGAGCUGUUGUGCAAAAUAGUUGGUGUUUCCUGAAGGCUGUCUGGCAUUUUGUUGGUGUUUUCUGUUGCUACCUGUACUUGCAUUAAGUUCAAUCGUACGCCGCCGUUCCAGAGUUGAUCCAUUGGUCAAGCCGAAAACAGGUUGCUGAAAUUCAAGACUGAAAAAAUUAAUCAGACUCUGACAAUUUACAAAUGCAUAUCUGUUGUCCCUUUUCCCUGAGUAAACAGCAUGUCGGCCGUUGGUUAUUCGUCUGGUCGAACGGGAAAUAGCAAUGAGAAAUUCUGAUGUAUUUUUGGGCAAAGAAAAGAUUAGUUUGACCACGGAGUGAUUCUCCCUUAAGAUUUGAUAUCAACUCUUCAUCCUUUAUAUAACGUUUCAAAUUGUUCGCUCUUCACAUAUCCAUUAUUAUUACUUCGCAAAUAAAAAAAUAUGAAAUC